GGACCUUUCAUCCAACCUGCUUGAAAGCCUCCCCACCGUUUUAAGCGGGCUCAGCCAACUGAAUCUCAUGAAAUUAACCAGCAACCAAUUCACCGGCCCCAUGCCUGCUGCCAUUGGCUCGCUCACGUCUUUGGCAACUCUAUACGCCUCAUACAACCAGUUUACUGGACCCAUCCCUUCUUCCAUUGGCCUCCUCACUGGCCUUACAGAUUUGGACCUUCGUGUCAACAAUUUCACAGCCAUCCCACCCUCCAUUACCUUGCUCACCAAUCUCUAUGCUCUCGACUUAACUUUUAACCAACUGAAUACUCCCAUUCCCAAGGAGCUUGGUUCCAUGGUCGGCCUCACCAAACUCGAUCUUUCAGCCAACCAAAUUCCCGACACCAUCCCUUCAACUUUGGGAAAACUCACCCAGUUGAAUUAUCUGUCCCUUGCUUACAACCAGCUCUCUGGAACCAUCCCUUCUUCCAUCGGCAGCCUCACUGGCCUUACAUAUCUAGGCCUUGUUGUCAACAAACUCUCGGGCUCCAUCCCUCCCUCCUUUUCCUUGCUGAGUAGUUUGGAUUCACUCGACCUGAGAUACAAUCAACUGUCUAGUUCCAUCACCAAGGAGAUUGGUUUCAUGACUGCCCUCACCUCAAUUGAUCUUUCAAACAACCUGAUUCCGGGCAGCAUCCCUUCAACCUUGGGAGCACUUAAACAGCUUUUUAUCCUGCUAAUUACAGACAACCUGCUUUCAGGCACCAUCCCUGCUGCACUCAGUACUCUCAGCCAGGUGGCUUACAUAAAGUUAGCCAACAAUAAGCUCACUGGCUCCAUUCCUGCUGGCAUUGGCUCACUCACAAAUUUGGCGUCUCUAGACCUCAAAAGAAACCAGCUCUCGGGAGCCAUCCCUGCCUCUUUCAGUUCCCUCACUGGCCUCGGAGAGCUGGGCCUUUCCUUCAACAACUUUUCGGGCGCCAUCCCUUCCGCAAUCUCCUUACUUGGCAAUCUAUAUGGACUCGACCUGAGCUAUAACCAGCUGUCCGGCCCCAUCCCUGACUGGAUUGGUUCUAUGACUUCUCUCAACAGACUUGUUUUUAUGAACAACCAGCUUUCGGGCGACAUCCCUGCAGCCUUGGGAGCUCUUAUCAAUAUGGAUUUCCUAGACCUCUCAAAUAACCAGCUUUCACGCCUACCUUCCGCAUUGGGUACACUCAGCGUAAUGUCUGUCAU